AUGAUGUGUUCAAAUAUGGGCAAUUGGAAUAAAUUGUUAGCUGAUAAAGUUGUGUUUCUGACUGGUGCAGCUGGAUCAGUUGCUCGAUAUAUUGCUCGUGCAUGUUAUGCUCAUGGAGCUCGUCUAGUUUUAGGUGAUUUAAAUAUAGAUGAUAUUAAUAAAGUCAAAGAUGAAAUUCUUGAAAAUGAAAAUAAUAAAAAUGAUCGAAUACUUGUUGUAAAACUUGAUGUUACUAAUGAGACAAAUAUUCAACAAGCUAUUCAAACAACAUUAGAUAAAUGGAAAACAAUACAUGUUCUUCUUAAUACUGCAGCUACAUAUGUGUUGGGUAAUGUCGAACAAGUAUCCGCUGAUAAUUGGUCACAUGUAUUUGACGUCAAUGUACGUGGUUAUGCAUUAAUGGCAAAAUAUAUUGCACCUAUAUUAAAAAAACAGAAAAGUGGAUCCAUAGUGAAUAUGGCUAGUGUAUCUGGCUUAGUUGCUUCUCCUGAUUGGGUUCCAUAUUCUGCAACGAAAGGUGCUAUUAUUCAAUUAACACGAAAUCUAGCUCUUGAUUUAGGUUCAUUUAAUAUUCGAGUCAACUCUGUUAGUCCAAGUGGAAUCAAUACUCCUACAACAUACGCAAUUGGAGAGUCUGUAGGAAUGAAUAAAAAUCAAUUAGAUGAAGUUAUCAAAGGUAAAUGUUUACAAAGAGUUUGUCAACCAGAAGAAGUUGCUAAUUUAUUUAUAUUCUUGGCUUCGGAUUUAUGUCCAUUUAUGACUGGUACUAAUCUUGUUCUCGAUGGUGGAUCGACGAUUGUUUAA